AUGGUGUCCUGCACCUUUGUGACCAAGUACAGGAUCCACACAGGAGAGAGACCCUAUGAAUGCCGUGAGUGCGGGAAAAGUUUCAGUCAAUUCUCCUCCCUUAUCUCUCACCAGAGAGUCCACACAGGAGAGAAACCCUAUGAAUGUUGCGAGUGUGGAAAAAGCUUCUCUCAGAGCUCAUCCCUUAUUCGACAUGAGAUAAUCCACACGAAAGAGACACCUUACAAAUGCUGUGAGUGUGGGAAAAGCUUCAAUCGUACCUCAGCCCUUAGUAGGCAUCAGCGAAUACACAGAGGAGACAAACCCUAUGAAUGCCGUGAGUGCGGGAAAAGCUUCACUCAGAGAUAUACCCUUAACUCUCAUCAGAGAAUCCACACAGAAGAGCGACCCUACGAAUGCUGCAAGUGCGGGAAAAGCUUCACUCAGAGAUCAGCCCUUAUCUCUCAUCAGACAACGCACACGGGAGAGCGACCCUAUGAAUGCUGUGAGUGUGGGAAAAACUUCACCCGAAGCUCAAACCUUACUAGGCAUCAGAGGGUCCACACAGGAGAGAGACCUUAUGAAUGCCGUGAGUGCGGGAAAAGUUUCAGUCACUUCUCCUCCCUUAUCUCUCACCAGAGAGUCCACACAGGAGAGACACCCCAUGAAUGUUGCGAGUGUGGAAAAAGCUUCUCUCGGAGCUCAAACCUUACUAUGCAUCAGAGGAGCCACACAGGAGAGAAACCCUAUGAAUGCAGUGAGUGCGGGAAAAGCUUCUCUCGGAGCUCAACCCUUGUCACACAUUACACAGUCCACACCGGAGAGAAACCCUAUGAAUGCAGUGAGUGCGGAAAAAGCUUCACUCAUAGCUCAGGCCUUUCUAAACAUCAGAGAAUCCGUAAAGGAGAUAAACUU